GUCUUUGGCGUCAUGCUUUUGUUUAGUUUCACACUAGUUUUGCGCCAGCUAAAUCAGUGCCCCACUAUAAAGAGUAAUAAUUAGCUCGGUCAUAGCCGCGACUUUGUUGUUACUUGUGAACGUAGCGCUGUUUGGGCGUCGAAAGGCUGGAUGCAAGCACGCCGAGCUUUAGAGGGGUUGUUUUUAUACAGAAUUGUCGUUGCCUAUCCGUUGUGAAAGAUAGUGGUGGACUGAUGACUUUGGGAACUGAUGAAAGAGAUCUCCUCUCAACAAGUGAUCCCGCAUCUCGUCGUGUUGCUGAUGCUGAGGUUCAAAUCUGGCGACAAACUACUGCAAACGAUCGCGUACACCCGGGAAAGUGAAGUUAUUGCACAACGUUUCCGUCCGCCGCUCCGACCUGCGACUCAACGCUUUGGUUUGGUUUGCGUGUCUGUGGUCGCUUGGUGACCCGGGGGUUGGUCUAGCGAGUGUGUGUAUGUGUGUGCGCGCCGCUGCGCGCGCGCAUUUGUGUGUGUGUGUGUGUGUGUGUUCUCAAGGCAACGGGUCGCUGCAGCUGUGCAGUCGACCGAUCUGAAAUCUCCAGAAAAUCACUUCUGCAUUCAUAAAUAAAUACAUCUGCAUAACGCGGAACCAUAAGGAAUCUGCUCCAUCUGGACAGCAACGACCAAGAACUGAGUCUAUCCUGCCUCACUCUUCCAGCGGUGGCCUCUUACUGCCUGACUCGCCUUCCAACCAGUGGUCACUUGAGUGCCUUGGAGAGAGGGCAGGACACAGACCAGGAACGUCGCUCAGAGUUCCUGUAAGGGGCUAGGUGCUAGCACCUUACCGGGCUAGAGACUAGCCCCUGUACCGGGCUAGGGGCUAGCAACUUUACCGGUCUAGAUACUAGCCCCUGUACCAGGCUAGGUGCUAGCACCUGUACCGGGCUAGAGACUAGCCCCUGUACCAGGCUAGAGACUAGCCCCUGUACCAGGCUAGAGACUAGCCCCUGUACCAGGCUAGAGGCUAGCCCCUGUACCGGGCUAGGGGCUAGCGACUGUACCGGUCAAGGGGCUAGCGACUGUACCGGUCAAGGGGCUAGCGACUGUACCGGGCUAGGGGCUAGCACCGGGCUAGGGCAUUGCACCUGUACCGGGUUAGGGGCUUGCACCUGUACCGGGCUAGGGGAUAGCGACUGUGCUGGGCUAGGGGAUAGCGACUGUGCCAGGCUAGUAGUGGGUUGGUUGGGGGGAUCGGAUCCUUUGGACGGGGGACCUAGACCUAAUGAGUAAUGGAGUCGGGGAAGAACAUGAGCAAAGCAGGGGUUUUGAACUGGACCCCCGCCCCACUGCGCACCUCUACGCCCAGCUCCGCUACGUCUGAGGAUGGAUGGGAGGACGGAGUUGGUGUAGAUGGUUAUUCUGUUGGUGGUGAGGAGGAGGAGGAGGAGGAGGAGGAUGAAGCAGAAGAGCUGAGGGCAGAGGACUUUGAGAGCCACAUGGAUGAGAACGGCAUCAUUGGGCUGCGAGACGCCCUGGAGGAGGUUGAACUCGGGGUGAAGGGAGACAUUGAAGAUGAGGGAGGAGGUGCUCGGUGUGCCCCCACUGGAGCCUGUGGUGGUCCAGAGGAGCCCUUUCCAGGUGGUUCCACCCCAGCCUACUCUGAAGAAGAACACAUCUCACCUGCCGCAGUAACCAAACCUUCAGGGAGAACUGGCAGAAGCGAAAAGUGCCGAACACACAACAUCUCCACGUCCUCCCCAAGCUGUCGCCCCAACCCUGCCUCUUCCCUGUCUCCUUCUCUUCCGUCUCUUCCUUCUCCUCCUUCACCGCUGCAGUCCAACGCGUAUCCCCACCUGCACCACUACUCCUCGGAGGGGCUGGCUCAGUCCGUGGGCAUCGAGGAAGAGACCCUGCCGGAUGAAGACGUCUACUCGGAGAGCCUCCCGGAGUCCUGCUGCAGCAGCAGCAGGAGCCACCACGUGAGCCAUUCCCCCAAGCCUCAUCGGUUACCGGACGUAGCAGCCAGGGAUAUGGACCCUCAGCACGGCCUAAAGGUUCGUCUUGACCCGGCACUGACGGAAUGGGAGGGGAGGCACAAACGAACCAAGGACAUGCCUGAAACGUCACGAACCGAACGGCUCAAGAGGAUGACAUCUACUCCAAGAAAAAUGCGCGCGUACUCUCCUGGAGCCUCUUUUUCUAGGCCCUUGAACCCUCCAGAACAACCUGCCUGGUCUAUAAAGAAAUACCAGGCAGCCCCACCAGAAUGUCAACAUGGCCACUACGCUCCUCAAGGUGGGAGGAUUGGUAGGAGGCCAAGAGAGAGAUCCCACGGGACCCUGCAGACGUAUGCCAGAAAUAGAACUCCAGAACGGGAAGUCAGGAGAGAAGCUCCGAGCUUCCGUACGCCAGACUUCUCCAAGGUGGAACCAAAGGUCUACUUCCCCAAGAGCGGCUAUGAGCCCCCCAAGAGCCGCAAGUCCUGCAGGGUCAGUCUGUCCCCCGAGCCCACCCUGGUCUUCAAGUCCCCCGCGGACAUCGCCAAAGAGAUCCUCUUCAGCAGCACGGACGCACCUCCCUCUCCACCUCCUUCUCCGUGGGCACCGGAGCAGAACUCCACCAUCUCCAUCGUCCCAGAGGACUUCAGGUGCCCUCAGCGGGCCACUCGACUGGUUGAGCAGCUUCAGGAGGACUACAACACCCUGCUGACCAGGUUCGCUGAGGCGGAGAACACCAUCGACCGCCUGCGUCUCAGAGCCAAGGUGAACCUGUACUCCGACCCUAAACGACCCGACCAGAGCUUCAAAUCCAGGAUGACCCAGGAGGGGUCAAAGGUCAUGACCCUGAGCUUCCCCCAUGCCCAGAGAGCAGUGAUGGGGUCCCACUCAGGACACCAGAACAGACAGGAGCAGACUCAACCGGCCGCCUCCCCUGGCCGUCCCUGCUCAGGGUCCUCCAGCUCCUCUAGGGGGAGCUGUGGGUCAACAAAGAGCCCCUCCAAGACGCUCCGCGCGCAGGCAAACAAGUUCCUACAGCAGGUGAAAAGAUUUGAGGACCUCAUAACGAGUGGGCAACUGGAACCCUUCGAGCGUUUGAAGGGUCUCUCCCGGCUGGUGCAGGGGCUGGACCUUCUGGAGAGAGGUUACCUGGCAGCCCGGGACGAACGCAGACACCGUGGAGUGGCGGAAGUAAGACCCUUUGACCCCAACAGGGAGCUGGAGGGGCUGAUCUUCCAGUGUGGGACGUGUGUGGAGGAGAUCAGGGAGCUGUCAGAGCAGCAGCAGUACUCCUCCAUGGCACCUCCUUCUCCUGCUCCUCGUCCCAGCUCUGGAUCCCUGAUGAGUGAGCCCACGGAGCCCCGGUCCCAACCCCAGAGCCCCGGGGUCCUUCUGCCUGGGGACACGGGGCCCCUGCUGGGGGCCGGGGGGGGGCUGAGCUGCACCAGCGGGGAGAGUGGAGGGGAGAGUGAGGAGCGUCUCCUCCUCCAGCCCUUCAGGAUGGACGAGCUGGACCUCAGCUCUUUGAGGGGCAGCUUCCAGAGCUACCAGGAGCUUCCUACCCCGGCCGAGGUCCAGAACGAGGGGGCGCGGCGCUCUCCCAGGGGCCCUAGGCUGCCUCAGGACCCGGGGGGGCCCAGAGCGGCUGGAGGAGCCCAUAGGGGACCCACCCAGGGAGACUCCGCCUCCUCCGACGACAGGGCCACGCCCACCAAGCCAGGCACCAGCCAAUCGGAUCGUCCGUCUCUCAACGGGGCCGAGCGCUCCCAAGACCGGUCUCCUCCGGUUCACUCCGCACGGCCCUCCGGUCAGCAGGAGCAGCAGCAGCAGCCUCCAGACCUCCAGGCCAGGGGGCGGAGGAUGGGCCGCUACCCCAGCAGCAGCCUCACCAGCCUGGGGGAGAGCGGAGAGUGGGAGGCCAAGAGCUCCAGGCUGGGGGGGGUGUCCAGGGGGGUGAUGUCUCAGGAUGGGAUCGUAUCUCCAGAGACCGACAGUGGCUUUGUGGGCUCCGACGGCACUCCAGCUGCAGCCAUCAGUCCUCUCCACCAGAGGGCGCCAGAGAGCCCCUCUCUCCCCCAGAACAGGAUUCCGAGGAGGCAACGAAGCAACCUCUCGGUGCAGGUCACCCUCCCCCUCCCUGCUAGUGCCCCCCCCACCUCCUCCUCCUCCUCCUCCUCCCCUCCUCAACCCGCUCCACAGGAGCACAGCAGCAGUGGAGGGGCCAGUCUAGGAAAUAAUGGCACCUCCAGGCGACCAAUGAGAAACGGCCGACAGGAGAGGAGGCGGGACUUAACUGCCGGUGCCUCUCAGCGAUUGGUGGGUCCGACGCCUCAGACCACGGCGGGCAGCGGGAGCAGUGAUCCGGGUCUGGAGUCUGAACCCUCCCACUGUGUGUCAGAGUACGAUGACGAAGACGAUGAUGAAGGCCAACAAACCACAGGUUCCUCCGGCUCCCGGGGCGGCCACUCCCUGUCUUAUCACCAUGACGACCCCCACAAUGCACCAGGCCCCGGAGGUCAGAUGCCAGAUCACAACGUCAGUGAGGCGAUGCAGGAGCUGCAGGCGGAGGUGACCCGGCUGAAGGAGAGGCUGGAGAGCAGCCUGAGAGCCAGACACACGGCCCACCCUGCCCUACCUACCAGCCCCCCCAGUCAGCCUACCAGAGCCUUCCCAGCAGCCCCCCAGCCCAGCACCUCCACCCCCCGCCUCAGGUCGGUGUUGACCCCCCAGACCCCUCCUCAUGAUGCUGACGGGUACACCGUAGACUUGGGUUCAAACUCUGAACCCGUUUGUCCAAAAGUCGUGCACAAUGCACUCACCAGCUUGCCAUUAUUUUGUGCGUUGUUUGGGUUGGGUCCAAUGUCUAAAUGCACGUGUUCCUCUGGUGUCAGCGCUGGGAGGGUGGAUGGAGGAGGAGGAGGGUGGAGGAGGCAGGGGUGGACGGUGACAGAAGGAGCACGGGGAGAAGGCGGUGAGCCGGCGUGGAGGAGGCGGGCGUCCUCCGCUCCCACACAGAGGCCUCGGCAGGGAGGUGCAGCAGACCCAGAGAGGGGCCGCUCGGCCAGCCGCUCUGCACCUUCAUCUCUCCCCCCAGACCGCCCGGCCUGGACCCCCGCACCGGACCCCCGGCCGCAGCCCGGCCGGUCUGGUUCCUCGGUACCGUCUGACGAGAGUCACUCCGCCCGGCAGCUCGGACACGCUGCACGUCUUGUUGUUACUGCUGUGGUUCCAGGGCCCGGGGGUGAGGCCCCUGGCGCUCCCCAGGUGUGUGCCAGGUGUGGCCCCUCAGAGCCCGCUGAGCGUGUGGCCCCUCCGACAGUGCACAUGCAGGACCCGCAGCAUGUCUCCAGAGGGCCCCAGCCCGCUGCAGGUGGGUUGGAGGGGGGGGUGGGAGGCCCUGGUCUGACCGCUCCGGCCCCCCCCCUCCUAGGCAGCCUGGGGCCGGUACACUGGUUACCAACGUGUCACCCAGCGCUGCUGUUAUGCUCGUGUGCCCUGACGACGCCGGACUCACGACACCCGUACAUCCACGCACAUAGCCUGGGCCGCGCUACCUCAGAGGUCAGGGGUCACGGGGAAGUGAGAAGGCACGCGAGUCGUCCGCUGAUCGCUAAGCAACGGGACUCUCUGGGCUGCUCUCUGAACAAGGCCCUCCGGGCGGCCCGGGACAUGAAGCUGACCUCCAGGCGCAUGGCGCGCUCUCUGGCCUCAGGGCUGCACUACCAGGAAGCACUGUCUCAGUCCUGCAUCUACUAGCUUCCUGCUAGUGCGCGGGUAGCUUUCUGCUAGGCUAUUUCCAGCUGUCUUCCUGCAUUCAGCAGCUUUCUGCUAACUUUUGACUAGUCUUCCCCAGUUUACUGUUCACUUUCUACCAGCCUUCUGCUAGCCUGCUGCUAGCUUUCUGCUAACCUUUAAAUAGUCUUCCCCAGCUCACUGUUCACUUUCUAGUAGCUUUCUGCUAGCCUGCUGCUAAUUUCUGCUAACCUUUAAAUAGUCUUCCCCAGCUCACUGUUCACUUUCUAGUAGCUUUCUGCUAGCCUGCUAUUAGCUUUCUGCUAACUAUUAACUAUUUUCUUCCCCAGUUUACUGUUCACUUUCUACCAGUCUUCUUCUAGCCUGCUGCUAGCUUUCUACCAGAAUGCUGCUAGCUUUCUACUAGCCACUAGCUUUAAACCAGCAUCUGGCUCAUUUACUGCUUACCUUCUUCUAGUCUCCUGCUAGUUAGCUGCUAGAAUUCUGCUAGCCUGUGACUAGCAAAUGAUAAAAUAGGAACUGCUGCAGUUGUCAAGUCAAAUAAAGCAUUCAUAACUACAAGAACCAUUAUUUAUUUAUUGUUCUGCUGUAAUGUUUAUAAUUGUUUUAUUUGUGAAAUUAGUUAAAUAUCUUACUUGGGAUUAUUCUUUAUUAUUAUUAUUAUUAUUUUACUGCAUUAUUACUGAUUGUAAUGAUUUGGUAAAUGAGACGAUACUGGCUCACUGGAAGUGAGAAGUGAACUUCACUCAUCCCAAAGUUUUCAAACUAUACUUUUAUGAAAGCAUUAAUGGGCUAUGAAACUAUUUUCUUAAAAUAUAUUUUGAAAUCAGAAUUGUUUAAGUAGUUUGACAUAGUUAGUUAAAAAGAUGAUGAUUAAGAAAUGGGUAGGUUACUCAUCACAGAAUGUCUACAAUAUUUAAAUUAAAGCAUAGAAUUUUAAACCUUUAAGUAAAUAAAAUUGAAUAGCUGUUGAUUUAAUGUAACAUUGUUUAUUGUAUUGGUACUUAGUUUAUUUUGAGGUUUUAACAUUGCGUGAAUUUUCUACUUUUGUACCAAGUUUUGAUCGUCUGUAUAUUUUUGCCUUUUCUACAUUUUUAGAAUGAAUGUCCUUGAAGUCCUUGAAUAAAUUGCAAUUAAAAUACAACAAACAGUA